AGAUAGCAGCAAGAUGGUCGAAUUGGUGAGCAGCAAGUCUUCUCCUGAUCUGUUGUUACAAGAGACAUUAUCAAAAAUGAUGGACACAUCAUCAAACAUGAUGAAAAUAUCAAGCACCAUGCAACAUAUGACAACCAAUGAAAUGUUGCCAACAUCUUCUAUUGUGCCUCAAUUAUCAUCUAUAAUUGGAACUUCUUCAUACACUAUGGAUGUGUCAGAUAACCAUACUACAAAAAGUAUGGUUAAUACCACGCAAACCCCUUCUUUGGGCAACACACUCUUUUCCUAUGAUAUGCGUGAAACAAUUGAUGCGAAGAAAAACAGUUCAAUGGCGGAAACAGCAAGUCUUACCGCUACUUCAUCUCAUCCCUCCGAUGACACAACAAGCAGUCAGUUUCCAAAACAUCCCCAAAUAUCAUCGCCUCAAGCACAUUCUUCCCACUUCGUACUUAGUACAUCAGCUAAGACAAGGCAAGUUUCAACAAACUCAAGAUACCAACAGUCUACAGUCAUCCUCGAAAGUUCACCUCGAUUCACUUCAACAGCUGAUGGUCUGCUUUCGAAAACGAUUAUUCUCGUAAAGCCAAGUUCAUAUCAUGCAACAUCUUCAAUGUCACAUGCCAACGGUAAAUAA